UUGAGAGAUGUCAUGCUAUAAUCAUAACUCUAUAAAGCAAGAUAAACUAAAGAUGGUUACUUAGUAAAAAGUCUAGAACAGUAAACUUUUGACUCUGGUUAACGUAAUUCGUGACUUUUAAAAAAUAUCCCCUCAUUGGUACUUAAACACUGAUUUUGGUUUGAACAUUGCUCAUUCUUUUUGGACACUUUUACAUCUUUCAGUAUAGACAUAGGUUUAUUUUACGUAACUAUCAAUUUAUGAAGAAUUAUUCUGAGUUUUACUCACUUUUCCCAUAACAUAUUCCUUUUCUACUUGCAACAGGACAAAAGAAGACAAUGGGCUUUUUAAGUCAAGUAUGUGUCCUUUUCUUCUUUUUUGGAGUCAAGGUGUAUUGCCAAUAUGAAACUUAUCAGUGGGAUGAAGACUACGAUCAAGAGCCAGAUGAUGUCUAUGAACCAGAAUUCCAAUUUCACCAAAAUGUAGAAUAUGGAGUUCCUUUUCAUAAGCAUACUUCAGGCUGUGCCAGUGAAUGCUUUUGUCCACCUAAUUUUCCAACAUCAAUGUACUGUGAUAACCGCAAACUCAAGACUAUCCCAAAUAUUCCAAUGCACAUUCAGCAACUCUACCUUCAGUUCAAUGAAAUUGAAGCUGUGACUGAAAAUCCAUUCAUUAAUGCAACUCAUCUUAAAGAAAUUAAUCUUAGUCACAACAAAAUUAAAUCUCAGAAGAUUGAUCAUGGUGUAUUUACUAAGUUUUCAAAUCUACUACAGCUUCACCUAGAGCAUAACAAUUUAGAAGAAUUUCCAUUUCCUCUUCCUAAAUCUUUGGAAAGACUCCUUCUUGGCUAUAAUGAAAUCUCUAGACUGCAGGCAAAUGCCAUGGAUGGGUUGAAAAACUUGACCAUGCUUGAUCUUUGUUAUAAUCAUCUUUAUGAUUCUAUGUUCAAAGAGAAAAUCCUCUCCAAAAUGGAAAAAUUAAUGCAGCUCAACCUAUGUAGUAACAGACUGGAAUCAAUGCCUCCUGAUUUACCUUCUUCACUUAUGUAUCUGUCUUUAGAAAAUAAUUCAAUUUCUUCUAUACCAGAAAAUUACUUUAAGGAACUUCGAGAACUUCGUGCUCUAAGAAUGUCAUACAACAAACUGCAAGACAUUCCAUAUAAUAUAUUUAAUCUUUCCAACCUUAGAGAGCUCAAUGUUGGACACAACAAAUUGAAGCAAGCAUUCUACAUUCCAAGAAAUUUGGAACACCUAUACAUAGAAAACAAUGAAAUUGAAAAUAUCAAUGCUACACUGAUGUGUCCAUCUAUUAACCCACUACAUUAUCACCAUUUAACAUACGUUCGUAUAGACCAAAAUAAGCUGAAAGAACCAAUAAGCUCAUACAUUUUCUUCUGCUUCCCUCACAUGCAUAGUAUUUAUUAUGGUGAACAAAGAAGCACUAAUGGUAAAACAAUACAACUGAAGACCCAAGUUUUCCGAAGACAUCAAGAUGAUGAUGAUUAUGAUGAUGAUGAUCAUAACAAUGCUUAUGAAGUCCAAGAACAAGAAGGAACAGAAGAAAAUUUUGACCCUCAUCAUUAUUAAACUCAAGAAUGGCAGGAAACUAUAUAGGUAUACAUUUAUGACUUUACAAAACCUUAUCAUUCAAUGCAAAUCUAACUAAAUACUAAAUUUAAGUUGUUGAUAAAAUUUGCAUCAUAGGGAUUAGAACUUACUCUCAAUUAUACAAAUAUUUGGAAAUAUAUAUUAGAGUGACAAGUGGAAAUCAAAACCUAAACUUUAAUGAUUUCUUACACUUUUUAAAUGUAAAAAGAUUAUUAUGUUAGGGGAAAAAAGUUUGAGUAUGCCAUUUCUAUUAACAGUGAUUUUUCUAAGAAUGAUGAAAGGUGUAGUUUUAGAAGCUAAGAACUGGAAGCCAUGUCCUUUGAACCACCAUAAAAAUCAUGUUCCAAUUAUAGGAGCAUAUAUUAAUGUAACAAGC